AUGGCGCCCCCUCGCGACGACGACCUGACUAAAGACUUAACGAUUCGAUACAACCACGUCUGGGACCUCUACUUCUCUGAAAAACGUUUUAUAGCAUUCACAAUGGUCGAAGAUCUCGUCACAGAGCCGGGACUAUGCGCGGACCAUGAGGCUGGUAUGCACCAACUUCUGGCCUGCCACCCCUUCAAUGAUGACACUGUCAUGCACACUCAAGAGGUGGUCCGUAUCGAUAGCGAGAUCGUUCAGCAGCAUCACGACACCGCUACGAUGCACGAGCAGGCUUGCAUGCAAACCAAGCUUCGGUUUGCGAAGGAGCAUCUUGAGCUUAUUCUGGAGAAGAAGCGCAAAUUCGACGAAGAUGUAGCCAUGUGGAUCUCUAUGGAAUUCGUCAAGGUCGAUGCCCAGGACGCACAACUCGAGCAGGCAGAACGGGAUGAGCAGGCCGAACGACCGGCAGGUCCAGAGCACGACAACCACCCAGGCGAUAUGCUCCCUCUUUCUUCCGCCACCGCUGCCGACGGUGAACUUCUUCUUUCCAGUCAAAAUACGGCCCUCGACACUACCGGCUGUACCGAGGAGUCUUCCCAAGAUCAGCUCCAGUCCACCGCGAGGGUUGAUGCUGCCUCCCCCAAAGACCUGCACAUCAAUGCAUCAGACAAGGAGCAGUUAUGA